AAUGCAAACAAAGAGGAGACUACUGUGUUUCAGAUUUAUAGUGAAAAUCCCCAAUAAACUUUUUUUUUUGUUUCUCUUACUUAUUGUUUGGUUGACAAGGCAACAGAUUCUAAUUUUUAAAUGUCAAAUAUGAACAACCAUUUAGAAACGUUACGAACUAAGAUCAUGCAUGGUCAACUUUAAAUAUUCCCAAGUCUCUGUUGGUGAGGCUGUCGUAAAUAGAUGUGGUACAUUCUUCUUGAGACAUGACGUUGUCAAAUGACUAUCACCUGUGGAUAACGAUACUUCUUUUUUUAUAUUUACCUUCAGAGCUGCUGGCUUUUAAGUGUUACAUUUGCAAUUCUUACACCGACGCUCAAUGCAUGGGAAAUGACUUGGACAAAUUUAAAAUGGAGUGCAAAGGAGCAGCUGUAGGAUGUAGAAAGAUACACUUCUUCGUGAAAUAUACCGAUCAAGACAACACAGAAGAACGAAUAGAGCGCCAGUGUGCUAAAACAAGUCAAGGUUACGGCUGUAAGCAAGUGUUCGGUACCAAUGGGAAGAGGUUCAAGUCCUUGAACUGUGAGUGUGGUUCAGAUUUGUGUAACACAGGCACCACUCCAAGGCUUUCAUGCUGUUUCCUAAUGCUGUCCACGCUGGCCAGUUUAUUAUUCUACCUGAAGAGUGACUAAUGGUAUCCAAAGAAUCUACACUUAAUUGUCUCACUAGACGAUGUCCAUUACUAUUAUCUUUUUUUUUUUCAUUUAUAAAUACAUACCACUGGUUUCAUGGC